UGGAGGGAGCCCCAGCUAGAACAGCCAGAGUGUGACCAAUGAGCACCCCAGAGGGGCAAGACAGUCAUUUCCUCCCAGCUGCCUGCAUCUCUUCUUGAGGCUUUUAAAAGCACGGCCCAGACGAUAGAAGGGACCUUCAGGCAUCCGUCUUGGUCCUACAGAACCCGGGAGGAGCCAGGACAUGGAACCCAUAAACAAAAGCGCCAACGACUACAGCAAUUAUGAUAACUACCCUGAUGAGAUCAUAAACCUUGAUGUGCCUGUGGAUGGUGGUCCCCCUCAGCUGUGGCAUCCUGAGGAUAUUGUAGCCCUGAUCAUCUACUCGGCUGUGUUCCUGGUGGGAGUUCCCGGGAACACCCUGGUGGUGUGGGUGACCGCAUUCGAGGUCAGACGUACCAUCAAUGCCAUCUGGUUUCUGAAUCUGGCGGUGGCCGACCUCCUCUCCUGCGCGGCACUGCCUGUCCUGUUCGUGGCCCUUAUAAAGAAUGACGACUGGCCCUUCAGCCCCAAGACCUGUAUAAUCCUACCCUCACUUAUUCUGCUCAACAUGUACGCCAGCAUCCUGCUGCUGGCCACCAUUAGCGCCGAUCGUUUCCUGCUGGUAUUCAACCCCAUUUGGUGUCAGAAGGUCCGAGGGACCAGCCUGGCGUGGAUGGCCUGCGGAGUGGCCUGGGUCUUAGCACUGCUUCUCUCCAUCCCGUCCUUCCUGUUCCGUGAGGUGUACAAAGAACCCUUCUCAAAGAAGUCUAUAUGUGGCACUAACUAUGGGAAGGGUGGCAUCCACAAGGAGAGGGCUGUGACCAUCCUGCGGCUGAUCAUGGGCUUUGUGUUGCCUCUGCUCACGCUCAGUCUCUGCUACACCUUCCUCCUGCUAAGGACCUGGAGUCGCCGGGCCACACGCUCCACCAAGACGCUCAAGGUGGUGGUGUCCGUGGUUACCUGUUUCUUUGUCUUCUGGCUGCCCUACCAGGUCACAGGGACCAUGAUAGGUUGGCUGCCCCGGUCCUCGCCCACCUUCUUGAAGGUGCAGAGGCUGAACUCCUUGUGUGUGUCUCUGGCCUACAUCAACUGCUGUGUGAACCCCAUCAUCUACGUAGUGGCCGGCCAGAGCUUCCAAGGGCGGCUUCGCAGGUCACUCCCCAGCAUCAUCCGGAAUGUGCUCUCAGAGGACUCUGUGGCCAGGGACAGCAAGUCUUUCACUCGUUCCACGGUGGACACCUCAACCCAAAAGAGUCAGGCAGUGUAGAGGACAUACCAGGACACCUCAACCCAAAAGAGUCAGGCAGUGUAGAGGACAUACCACCACUGGCCCAGCAGCUCCUUUUCCAGCCCUCCUCUUCCUUGUUUCUUCCUCCUUCUCUUUUUCCUUUUCCUCCUCUCCUGUCUCUUCCUGAAUCCUGGGAUUAUAUGUUGUAGAAUAUCAUUCCGGAGUGUGUGACUUUUGUUUGUUUAACUCUGUGAAGCUGUGUUACUGUGCCUGUCUAGAACACCUGGUGGUCUAAUAAAGAACUGAAUGGCCAAUAGUGAGGCAGGAGAAGGGAUACGCGGGGCUGGCAGGCAGAGAGAAUAUACAGAAGGCGAAAUUUGGGAUGCAAAAAGAAGUAUCCAGAGAAGGAGGCGGACUCCAGGGGCCAGCCACCCAGCUCCACAGCCAGCCAAGGACUAAGAGUAAGAUUGACAGAAGUAAGAGAACGGGAAAAGCUGAGAGGCAAAAGGUAGACAGGAUAAUUUAAGUUAAGGAAGACUGACAAGAAACAAGUCAAGCUAAGGCUGACAUUUAUAAUUAAGAAUAAGCCUCCGUCGUGUGAUUUAUUUGGGAGUUGGGUGGUGAGCUCCCCCCCCAAAAGAGCAAAAACAAACAACAGCAAUUAUAGGAAUAAAUUCCUUUGAAGAGAAACAUCACAUUAAGAUAUUACUUGGCUUUCGUUUCUAAGAGAGACCUUUGCUGUACUGUCCACUGGCUUGCCUGGGCAGAUGCACAUGUAAUAUGAUGACCUCUGGGGGCAGGGUAACCAGAGAA